AUGCCACGAGUAGCAACUCAGAAGUCAAAGGUUGAUCGGGCUCCGAAUCGGUCAGUUGGAAGCUCGAUGAAACGCAAGGCUCGUGAGCGCCCGCAGCCGAAGCCUCUAGAGGUGUCAGAACCUUCGAAGGAGCUGCAGCUAAAGAAAAAGGAAUUUGUACCACGUAAUAGGUUUGAGGCGUACUGGUGCGAGACUUUAGGCCCUGAGAUAGCGGCACAAGUCAGCACCUCCGACGAGAAACUCAGGGCCAGCAUGCUCAAAAAAGGCUACACGGAGGAUACAGUGGAGGAGGGAAUCCGUAGAUAUCACGCGAGAAUGGACGCGUUGAUGGACCUCGGGCAAAAGCCUAUGGCUUGGGGUUUCAAACCGCGUCCGGGCAGGAUAGAUGGCCUCCAGCUGAUCGAUAUUCCUGGCUCUGAGCCCCUCGUCAUCCGGCUCUACGACGGUGACAUGGAGUCGUUCGGCCAGUUCUGUCUCGACUUCUACAGCCUCGAGACCAAGGCUGCCGUCAACACACCCUCGGGAUGGGUGAUCAAUGUCGAACCUGAGCCUGGUUCCAUGACGAUGCUGUGUGGUGGUACGAUGAACAGCUGGGAGCUCAACUCUGGGAUGGCUCCGAGCCAGAUUCCUGCUGGCGAAGAACGGUUCAGCAUCGUUGAGGGAGCCAUUUGCCACCUAGAGCGCCCAGGGAUGGACAGUUUCUGGUUCGAGAUCCCCAGACGGAAACGACCGCUGCCCCCCGGCGUGCAGCUCGCGAAAGCUAGGUCUUUUUGA